AUGGGUGCAGACCCUCUGGCCAUGGGCAUUGGAGGCCAGGGAGUGCUGUGUGUCUUGCUGAUUCUGUUGGAAGAUGGACCCCAGAACACCAGGGAGGUGGAUGAAUGUACCUCAGGACAAAACUCCUGCCACAAAUCCACCCGAUGCCACAACACCGAGGGCAGCUAUGAGUGCCGCUGCCGCCCUGGAUGGAAGCUGAUGCCUGGGUCCCGAAACGGCCCACACAACACCGUCUGUGAAGAUGUGGAUGAAUGUACCUCAGGACAAAACUCCUGCCACAAAUCCGCCCAAUGCCACAACACCGAGGGCAGCUACGUGUGCCGCUGCCGCCCUGGCUGGAAGCCGGUUCCUGGGUCCCCCAAUGGCCCAAACAACACCAUCUGUGAAGAUGUGAAUGAAUGUACCUCGGGGCAACACUCCUGCCGCCAAUUAGCCAUAUGCCACAACACCGAGGGCAGCCAUGAGUGCCACUGCCCCCCUGGCUGGAAUCCGACUCCUAAAUCCUCCCACGGCAAACAAUACAUCGUCUGUGAAGAUGUGGAUGAAUGUACCUCCGGGCAAAACUCCUGCCACAAAUCCACCCAAUGCCACAACACGGAGGGCAGCUAUGAGUGCCGCUGCCACCCUGGCUGGAAGCCGGUGCCUGGGUCCCCCAAUGGUCCAAACAACACCAUCUGUGAAGAUGUGGAUGAAUGCACCUCCGGGCAAAACUCCUGCCACAAAUCCACCCAAUGCCACAACACGGAGGGCAGCUAUGAGUGCCGCUGCCACCCUGGCUGGAAGCCGGUGCCUGGGUCCCCCAAUGGUCCAAACAACACCAUCUGUGAAGAUGUGAAUGAAUGUACCUCAGGGCAAAAUUCCUGCCACAAAUCCACCCAAUGCCACAACACCGAGGGCAGCUAUGAGUGCCGCUGCCGCCCUGGAUGGAAGCCGAUUCCUGGGUCCCCCAGUGGUCCACACAACACCACCUGUGAAGAUGUGGAUGAAUGUACCUCAGGGCAAAACUCCUGCCACAAAUCCACCCAAUGCCACAACACCGAGGGCAGCUAUGAGUGCCGCUGCCGCCCUGGCUGGAAGCCGGUUCCUGUGACCCCCAAUGGCCCGAACAACACUGUUUGUGAAGAUGUGGAUGAAUGCACCUCCGGGCAAAACUCCUGCCACAAAUCCACCCAAUGCCACAACACCAAGGGCAGCUAUGAGUGCCACUGCAGCCCAGGCUGGAAGCCGAUUCCUGGGUCCCCCAAUGACCCACACAACACCGUCUGUGAAGAGAUUUCCUUCCUUACCUGGAACCCGCCCCCUGGAAUCAAGAGCCAGAGUCUCUCCCACUUCUUUGAAAGAAUUCAGGACCUGCUCAGAAACUUCAAGUCUGCCUCGGCCCAGGACACCAUCCAGGACAUCAUACAGGAGGUGGAUAAUCUGCUGGAGAACCCGGGGGACCUGGAUACUCUGCCCCAUUCAGAGCAGCACUGUGUGGCCACUAACCUGCUCACUGGCCAGGAGCACGUCCUGAGAGAGCUGAGCAAGGCCUUGCCCAAUGGGCCACUGACCUUCAGGACAGCUGCAAGAACAGAACUGUCCCUGGAGGUGAAGAAGCAAGGAGACAAGAAUGUCACCCUGAGCAUUAAUCAGGCAAAGAUGCUGGUGAACUGGGAUGUGGUGCAGGACUCAGGUGGCUCAGGCCCUUCUGUGGUGGGCCUUGUCUCCGCUCCAGGGAUGGGCAAGUUGCUGGUUGAGGCCUCCCUGGUCCUGGAAACUGAGGAGCAGUCAGUUCUGCAUGAGACACACAAGGGCCUGAUGCAGGAAGUCUACCCUGUCCUGCUCUCAGAUGUCAUAACAGCCUUUGUGAGCAACAAGGACACUCAGAACCUCAGCUCUCCAGUCACCUUUGUCUUCAAGCAUUCAGUGACCACAGGGCCAAGGCAGAAGGUGUUCUGUGUCUUCUGGAAGCCGGGCCAGAAUGGAAGUGGUCAUUGGUCUACCAAAGGCUGCUGGAUGGUGGCCACCGGAGACACCAGCACCACCUGCCAAUGCAGCCACCUCAGCAGCUUUGCUGUCCUCAUGGCCCACGAUGAUGAUGAUGAUCCCGCCCUGGCUGUGAUCACCUACGUGGGGCUGAGCCUCUCUCUGCUGUGCCUCCUCCUGGCGGCCCUCACCUUCCUGCUGUGCAAAGCCAUCCAGAACACCAGCACCUCAGUCCACCUGCAGCUCUCGCUCUGCCUCUUCCUGGCCCACCUGCUCUUCCUCACGGCCAUUGACAGAACUGAGCCUAAGGUGCUGUGCGCCAUCAUCGCGGGUGCCUUACACUAUCUCUACCUGGCCUCCUUCACCUGGAUGCUGCUGGAGGGCCUGCACCUCUUCCUCACCGCGCGCAACCUGACGGUGGUCAACUACUCCAGUGUGCGCAGGUUCAUGAAGAAGUUCAUGCUCCCUGUGGGCUACGGAGUCCCAGCUGUGAUUGUGGCCAUUUCUGCAGCAUCCAGGCCUCACCUUUAUGGAACACCUGCUCGCUGCUGGCUCCACCCAGAAAAGGGAUUUAUAUGGGGCUUCCUUGGACCAGUCUGCGCCAUCCUCUUUGUCAAUCUAGCUUUCUUUCUGAUGACCCUCUGGAUUUUGAAAAGCAAACUCUCUUCGCUCAACAGUGAUGUGUCCACCCUCAAGAAUACAAGGAUGCUGACAUUUAAAGCGAUAGCUCAGCUCUUCAUCUUGGGCUGCACGUGGUGUCUGGGAAUCCUGCAGGUGGGUCUAGCUGCUCAUGCCAUGGCCUAUCUCUUCACCAUCAUCAACAGCCUGCAGGGCGUCUUCAUCUUCCUGGUGUACUGUCUCCUCAGCCAGCAGGUCCGGGAACAAUACAGGAAAUGGUUGAAAAAGGUCACGAAAAUCCAAGUGGAGUCUGAGCAAUACACGCUCUCCAGCGGAAUCCUGUCGGAUGCCCGUAAACACAGUGUGGUAAAAGAUGAUGGAAUGACAGCAGAAAGGAGAAAAUUAAGUCAAUUCUAAGAAAACUAAAGAACAACAUGACUCAGUUACAAAUAACUUUGUGUGUGGCUUGUUCCAUCCAUCCAUCCAUCCAUCCAUCAUCUUUGAAGCAAGUCAACCUGCCAAGUGUUGAGGAUCACCACUGCCCACUUCUCCAUAUCUUAAUUUUUCUUUCCAAAUUUCUGCCUGCUCCAGCCCUACCUGUGCAAUACACAUUGCUAUGUCCAUGUGCUUUGGCUAUCAGUUACACAAAAAUGAAUAUAGCAAGUUCCUUGCCAUCAGGGCACUCAUGUUCCAUGGCAGUGUUACUCAAAAUGUGGUGCAUGAACUGGUAUUGGCCCUUGAGGAAAAAAGAACCUUGGGAUAGACUGUAAAUCAACAACAUCACUAAGCUUUAGUUCAACUGACAUUUAUUCCAUAACAAGAUUUUAUCAAUAAAGGAAGCAGUGUGUUGUGUAAC